AUUAUGGGAUGUCUGCCCCCUGAUCUCUUUGUGUGUAUGCAAGGGGUGUUAGUGGGAGAGGGAGAGACGGCGACGUCGCACGAACCCCCCUGCACUGGAGAAAAUUCGACUGCUUUUAGUUCAUUAACAAAAAAAAAAAGGGAAACACUGAAAGCUGCGUUAAACUGUUGGAGGAGGGAACUGAGCGUGGAAACAGCAAUACACGUCGUUUUCCCCCUCCUUUAUUUCAAACCAACGGGAACGUCCAAACUAAGACAGAAGAUUGGGUGAGAGGAGUGAAAGGGAUCGUGUGUGUGUUCAGCCGGAGUGAAAACGGUGAAAAUACACAACUAAGUUAUUAUGUCUGGAAGUGAAGAUGACAGAGAUGAUUUUGGACCAACAGAAGACCGGUCCAUGAUGCAAGAUGAUGAUCUGGAUGAAGACUUGUCAGAGAAUGAAGCCCCUAAGGUGAAAAAGAAGAAGAAAGCUAAGAAAAGCAGUCGUGAGAGCAAAAGCAAGAGACAGCGCUCUCGUAGGGAGGACAUCCCCAUCAGUUCCCCAGAGCCUGUAGAAGGAGCUGAAGUGGAUGAGGUGGAGGAAGAUGGUGCUGGAGGCCGCUCAGACAGUGAGGGCAGCGAUUACACACCUGGCAGGAAGAAGAAGAAGAGAGCCAGCACCUCCAGAGACAAGAAGAGGAAUAGCACUGCUGCUGAGAGAAACUCCAAUUCAGCUGCCUCUAAGAGGAAAGAACCUGAGGAAGAGGAAGAUGAAGAUGAUGAUGACUUGGAACCCAAAACCUCCUCCCAGCUGCUGGAUACCUGGGGCAUGGAGGACAUUGACCAUGUCUUCACUGAGGAGGACUACAGAUCUCUCACCAACUACAAGGCCUUCAGUCAAUUCGUCAGGCCACUUAUUGCAGCCAAAAACCCCAAGAUAGCAGUCUCCAAGAUGAUGAUGGUGCUAGGUGCAAAAUGGCGUGAGUUCAGCACUAACAACCCCUUGCGUGGUUCCGCCACUGCCAAUGCUGCCCUCGCAGCCGCUAACGUAGCUGCGGCCGUAGAAAGCAUGGUGGCGGCCGAGGGACCGGGGGCUACCCCUGCAGCGCCUCCUCCCACUGAGCCUCAGCCUCCUCCAGCACCUCCUGUCCGUAAGGCCAAAACUAAAGAGGGCAAGGGUCCUAAUGCACGCAAGAAGUCCAAACCUGCCCCCAAGCCUCAGGAGAAGAAGGUCAAGACCAAAAAGGUUGCUCCUCUGAAGAUUAAACUGGGAGGCUUCAACAGCAAAAGAAAGCGGUCCUCUAGUGAAGAAGACGAUGUGGAUGUAGACAGUGACUUUGAUGAUGGCAGUAUGAACAGCGUCUCUGUGUCUGAUGGCUCCAACAGCCGUAGCAGUCGCUCCAAGAAGAAGCCUAAGCCCAAAAAGAAGAAGAAAGUGGAUGAAGAUGCCGAUGGCUAUGAGACUGAUCACCAGGACUAUUGCGAGGUUUGUCAGCAGGGAGGAGAGAUCAUCCUCUGUGACACUUGCCCCAGAGCUUACCACAUGGUCUGCCUGGACCCCGACAUGGAGAAAGCCCCAGAGGGCACAUGGAGCUGCCCACAUUGUGAAAAAGAAGGUAUUCAGUGGGAGGCGCGUGAGGAGGGUUCAGAAGGAGAGGAGGAGAACGAUGCAGCUGGAGGCGAGGCAGAGGAGGAUGACCACCACAUGGAAUUCUGUAGAGUGUGUAAAGAUGGAGGAGAGCUGCUGUGCUGUGACUCCUGUCCCUCUUCAUACCAUAUCCACUGCCUCAACCCACCCCUGCCUGAAAUACCCAAUGGAGAGUGGAUUUGCCCUCGUUGCACUUGUCCUCCUUUGAAAGGGAAAGUGCAGAAGAUUCUUACCUGGCGUUGGGGCGAUCCACCACCUCCCACCCCUGUGCCCCGAUCCCCCGACCUUCCAGCCGACGCCCCUGACCCUCCUCCAUUGGCUGGGCGGCCCGAGAGAGAGUUCUUUGUCAAGUGGCAGAACAUGUCCUAUUGGCACUGCUCGUGGGUGUCUGAGGUGCAGCUGGAACUGCAUUGCCAGGUGAUGUUCAGGAACUACCAGCGCAAGAAUGACAUGGACGAGCCCCCGCCCUUAGACUUUGGAGGUGAGGGUGAUGAAGAUAAGAGUGACAAGAGGAAGAACAAAGACCCCAUCUAUGCCCAGAUGGAAGAAAAGUAUUAUCGCUUUGGCAUCAAAAUGGAGUGGAUGAUGAUCCACCGCGUCCUCAACCACAGUGUGGAUAAGAAAAAUAACUGUCACUACCUCAUCAAGUGGAGGGAUCUACCGUAUGACCAGGCUACCUGGGAGUUGGAGGACAUGGAGAUCCCAGAAUAUGAGGCUUAUAAACUGCAGUACUGGAAUCACAGGGAGCUUAUGAUGGGAGAUGACGGUAGACCGAAUAAGAAACUCAAGGUCAAAGGAAAGAUGAAGAGACUGGACAGACCCCCGGAGAAUCCUGUAGUGGAUCCCACCAUUAAGUUUGAGCGUCAGCCAGAAUAUCUGGAUGCAACGGGUGGUACGUUGCAUCCCUACCAGCUGGAAGGGUUAAACUGGCUGCGUUUCUCCUGGGCCCAGGGCACCGACACCAUCCUGGCCGAUGAAAUGGGCCUGGGAAAGACUGUGCAGACUGCCGUGUUCCUUUACUCCCUGUACAAAGAGGGUCAUUCUAAAGGCCCAUUCCUGGUCAGUGCACCUCUCUCCACCAUCAUUAAUUGGGAGCGAGAGUUUGAAAUGUGGGCUCCAGACAUGUAUGUUGUCACAUACGUGGGCGACAAGGACAGCAGAGCUGUCAUAAGAGAGAACGAGUUCUCAUUUGAGGACAAUGCCAUUCGUGGUGGCAAGAAGGCCUCCAGGAUGAAGAAAGAAGCCUCUGUAAAGUUCCAUGUUCUCCUAACCUCUUACGAGCUAAUCACUAUUGACAUGGCCAUCCUGGGCUCCAUUGACUGGGCCUGUCUGGUAGUGGACGAGGCCCACAGGCUAAAAAACAACCAGUCCAAGUUUUUCAGAGUGCUGAAUGGCUAUUCCCUUCAGCACAAGCUGCUGCUUACUGGAACUCCUCUCCAGAACAACUUGGAGGAGCUGUUCCACUUGCUCAACUUCCUCACGCCAGAGAGAUUCAGUAAUCUUGAGGGAUUCCUGGAAGAAUUUGCUGAUAUUGCUAAAGAGGACCAGAUUAAGAAGCUGCACGACAUGCUGGGACCGCAUAUGCUCAGGAGACUCAAGGCAGACGUGUUCAAGCAUAUGCCCUCUAAGACUGAGCUUAUCGUCCGAGUGGAGCUCAGUCCCAUGCAAAAGAAAUACUACAAGUUCAUCCUGACCCGCAACUUUGAGGCCCUGAACACUCGAGGAGGUGGAAACCAAGUCUCCCUGCUCAAUGUGGUGAUGGACCUAAAGAAAUGCUGCAACCACCCUUACCUUUUCCCUGUUGCUGCUAUGGAAGCACCUAAGAUGCCCAAUGGGAUGUAUGAUGGCAGUGCCCUCACUAAGGCCUCUGGGAAACUGUUGCUGCUUCACAAGAUGCUACGCAAGCUGAAAGAGGGAGGGCAUAGGGUGCUCAUCUUCUCUCAGAUGACCAAAAUGUUGGAUCUACUGGAAGACUUUCUGGAGAAUGAGGGCUACAAGUACGAGCGUAUUGAUGGUGGUAUUACUGGGGCAAUGAGACAGGAAGCCAUUGAUCGCUUCAACGCUCCGGGUGCAGUUCAGUUUGUUUUCCUUUUGUCUACCAGAGCUGGUGGUCUGGGUAUCAACCUGGCCACAGCUGAUACAGUCAUCAUCUAUGACUCCGACUGGAACCCUCACAAUGAUAUUCAGGCCUUCAGCAGAGCUCACAGAAUUGGUCAGAACAAGAAAGUGAUGAUCUAUCGCUUUGUCACCAAGGCCUCUGUGGAAGAGAGAAUUACUCAGGUGGCCAAGAAGAAGAUGAUGCUUACCCACUUAGUGGUACGACCUGGCUUGGGCUCCAAAACGGGAUCCAUGUCCAAGCAAGAGCUGGAUGACAUUCUCAAAUUUGGCACAGAGGAGCUAUUUAAAGAUGAGGGAGAAGGGGAGAACAAAGAGGAGGACAGCAGCGUGAUUCAUUAUGAUGAUAAGGCCAUAGACCGGCUGUUGGACCGUAACCAGGAUGCUACAGAGGACACAGAGCUCCAGAGUAUGAAUGAGUACCUCAGUUCCUUCAAGGUGGCUCAGUAUGUGGUCAAAGAUGAGGACGAUGAGGAAGAGGAGGUACAGAGAGAAAUCAUUAAGCAGGAAGAGAGCGUGGACCCAGACUACUGGGAGAAGCUGCUCAGGCACCACUAUGAGCAGCAGCAGGAGGACUUGGCCCGAAACCUUGGCAAGGGCAAGCGUAUUCGCAAGCAGGUCAACUACAAUGAUGGAUCUCAGGAAGACAGAGACUGGCAGGAUGACCAGUCUGAUGGUCAGUCAGACUACUCUGUUGCCUCAGAAGAAGGAGAUGAGGACUUUGACGAGCGUGCUGAAGCCAAUUCCCGUAGACCGAACAGGAAAGGUCUCAGAAAUGACAAGGACAAACCAUUACCCCCCCUGCUGGCCAGAGUGGGAGGCAACAUUGAGGUAUUGGGUUUCAAUGCACGCCAGCGGAAGGCCUUCUUGAAUGCUGUGAUGCGUUAUGGGAUGCCACCACAGGAUGCAUUCACCACCCAAUGGCUGGUCAGGGAUUUGCGAGGGAAAUCUGAGAAAGAGUUCAAGGCAUAUGUCUCGCUCUUUAUGAGGCACUUGUGUGAACCUGGUGCUGAUGGUGCUGAAACCUUUGCUGAUGGUGUGCCACGAGAAGGUUUGUCACGGCAACACGUCCUCACUCGGAUUGGGGUGAUGUCAUUGAUCCGUAAGAAGGUGCAGGAAUUUGAGCAUGUGAAUGGUCAGUGGUCCAUGCCCUGGAUGAUGGAGCUAGAAGAAAAUAAAGCUGCUGCUGCUGCUGGUCAUCCAGACUCCCCAGGGAAAACUCCUUCGACUGGCACUCCAGCUGACACACAACCCAACACACCUGCUCCAGAAGAUCCCUCAAAGUCAGAAGAUGGCAUCAAAGAGACUGAAAAAGAGAAAGAAUUCAAGAAAGAUGGAGAGGGUGAUCAGAGUAAGGAACCUAGUAAGAAAGCAGAGUCUGAGGUCAUCGCCAUUCCUGAUGAUGAUGAUGAUGAGAAAACGCCUUCCCCUGCUGAACAGAAUGAAAAAGAAGAGAAAAACAAGGCUUGCGAAUCUACCACAGAGACAGGGAAAGCAGGAAAUGGUGAAGAGAGAGACAAAGAGAAGGCUGGAGAUGCUGGGGAGCAAAACAAGACUUCAGAUGAGUCAAAGACUGAAGGGUCGGAAGUGAAGAGAGAUGACGCUGAGAGCAAAGAUGAAAAGAAAGAAGAUAAAAUAGAAAAGAUGGACACCACCCCUUCUCCUAAUGAGAAGAAAGACCAAAAGGAUGAAAAGGAGGCUGGUAAGACAGAGGAGCCUGCCAAGUUACAGAAUGGAGACAGCGCCAAAGAUGGAGUGGCGGCAGGAGCGAGUGAGGAGAAGAAGAAAGCAAAGACCCGUUUCAUGUUCAAUAUAGCAGAUGGAGGAUUUACUGAAUUGCACUCCCUGUGGCAGAAUGAGGAGCGGGCAGCCACUGUUACCAAGAAAACAAAUGAGAUUUGGCAUCGUCGCCAUGACUACUGGCUUCUUGCUGGCAUCAUACAACAUGGCUAUGCCCGGUGGCAGGACAUUCAGAAUGAUGUUAAAUUCGCAAUCCUCAAUGAGCCCUUCAAGGGUGAGAUGAACCGAGGAAACUUCCUGGAGAUCAAAAACAAGUUUCUGGCCAGGAGAUUUAAGCUUCUGGAGCAAGCUCUGGUGAUUGAGGAGCAAUUGAGAAGAGCAGCAUACUUAAAUAUGACUGAGGACCCUUCUCACCCCUCCAUGGCUCUGAACACGCGCUUCAGUGAAGUGGAGUGCCUAGCCGAAUCCCAUCAGCAUCUCAGUAAAGAGUCCAUGUCGGGCAACAAACCUGCCAAUGCCGUCCUGCACAAAGUGCUGAAACAGCUAGAGGAGUUGCUCAGUGACAUGAAGGCAGAUGUCACCCGUCUCCCAGCGACCAUUGCCAGGAUACCACCAGUUGCUGUGAGGCUACAGAUGUCUGAGAGAAACAUUCUGAGUCGCUUGGCCAGCAGAGGUCCAGACACACAGUCUCAGCAGGUAUCUCAGCAGUAGCCUGCAUUAGGCUUGCCCUCUUAACCCUGCCCCUGAAGCACCGCCCACCACCUCUACAUUCCUGACUGACACCAGAUGACAUCUCGCCUUAGCUUGAAACCACACCCCUUUUCCUACAAAUGGACAUGCCUGAGCCUGUAGGCUAAAAUCUGGAGGUUGUGGAAACUGAAGCUAUUUUAUUUUGGGUAAAUUUUAUU